AUGAAUUUUCAUGUUGGAACUCUACAAUUGUGAUUUGAUUAUAUUGUUUUUAAAAGUAAAAAUUUAGUGUUUAAGAAGGAUAUAAAAGAAAGAGGAAAAAAUGUCAAACGAACUGGAAUAUUUCAAUUUACACGAAGUUCAUAAUAAUUUCGAUCGUUCUCUCAUUGAGGAAGAUGAUGUGGAUAUUAAAGCAUAUUUAGAUGCCUAUCACGAGUUGUUUAAAUUUUUUCAACUUAUGGGCAGUGUCUUCAGUUUUGUGUCUUCUGACUUGAAACAAAAAAUUGAUGUUUUACAAGAGCUACUCGAAAAGGAUAACAACAAUUAUCAAACAAUAAAGACAAUGAUUGAGCAUGAGAAAAAUAACAAUUUAUUAGAAAAGAAAGAUUUUAUCAGUGGUGCGAGAACUUUUUUACGACUUCAUAGAGGUUUAGACUUUAUUUCUGAAUUUCUCAAGCAAAUGGGCGAAUUGGAAGAUUCAGAAAAAACUUCAACUUGCUGCCAAAAUGCCUACAACAAAACUUUAGCCAAACAUCAUCCCUGGGUUGUCAAGAAAGCUGCUGUUGUUGCCAUGUACACUAUGCCAACUAGAGAGAAUUUAUUCAAAAAGGUUUGUGGAGAACAUGUGGAAAGGAACAUAGAAGUGCUGCCAAAAACAUUGGAAGUCACCUCCAUAGUUUUCGAUCGUACCCAUAAACUUUACGAAUUACACGAAUUGCAUAAACUACCAUAAUGAAGGUAGAAAAUUAAUUUUUAAAGAAUUUUUUGAACCAAAGGAAACUUGAAUACAUUUUUUAAAGCUAUACAUUUUUACACAUUCCGUGAAUGGUGUGAUUCGAUAGCUCGCAUAAUAUGUACAUUAAUAAUUUAUAUUUAGAAACAAAUUUUAUCCACUUUUAUUUUUUUGAUUUCAAAAUUUAUUUUUAAAAUCGUUUUUUUAGUAUUUUAUCAUCUACCACUUAAGUAUUAGCUUCUCUUAAUGAUAAUAUUAAUAAUAAAAAUUUGUUACGACUGAAUGUAUUUUAGUGCAAUUCUAGUGUAUAAAUCUAUUAUGUUGUGGUGUCAAAUGCCUUAUUCUAAAAAGAAAAAAAUAUAUAUACAAAUUAAUAAUUUUA